AUGAAGCUUCUCUUCCGGAGACACUCCACCAAUGCGAUUGCCGAAAGCAAGAAUCGGGCUGCCUUGGGUGAUUGUGUACCUAUGACACAGCUGCCCGGCCAUGCUGCUGCGUCGGCCGAAACGACUGGACCAGAUCUAUCCAAUCUAGACAAAGAGAAGAGUCACUCUGGUGCCGUAUCUGAGGGAACAUGGAUUUUGAAGAAGCUCUGGAUCAAAUACGUGUCCCUGGACAUUCCCCAAAGCUCUAAUCGAAAUCACUUUUCCAAUGAACAAACCUUUCUCGCCUGGCUCUCACUUGCUGAUGCCAUUGCGAUCCUCGGGGUCGUCAUUGCGCAAGUCUCCAGGAUUCAACAUGUACUCCGUCCGCACCAAGAGAAGUCUCUUCGGUAUCUUCUGCUGGGCAAACCACAGGCAUGUCUCUGUUACGCCUCUGCUUGCUUUGUUCUUCUCGUUGGCGCAUAUCGAUUUUUCCGACAGCAGAACGCGAUGAACCAAGGCUUCGCUCUCGUCGGCGGAUUAAGCCUCCCUUGUAUCGGGGUCCUUGUCGGGAUGUGUUUGGCCGCGUUCUUUUUGCUCCUGAUCUUGGUUGGCAUCGCGGGUGUUCACUCCUGA